AUGGUUCACACUGUUGCCCUCCUGGCGCCCAACGGAAAUGUCGGUUCAGCGACUCUCAAACACUUAUUUCCUGCACACAAGACAGGCAAGCUGAUUUUGGUUGUUCUACAUCGUCCAGGCAGCCCACCAAAAGACCUUGACUUAGGCUCAGGCGUAGAAGUACGUGAGAUUGAUCUCGAGGGCUCCAUCGAAAAUAUUCAAGCGGCCGUCCGUGCGGUGAAUGCCGCAAUCUCGGCUCUUCCCAUAUCAGCCAUUCAUUUGCAAAUAAACUUUGUGCGGGCUUUGUCCAAGACCCCUGGAUUCAUUACCUUCAUCCCUGCAAGGUUCAGCAUUCCCUUAAGUGCUGAUGAUUAUCCUCACCUUCCAUUCAUGGAACCUUUUCUGGAGACCGAGCGAAUUGCUAAGGAGCUCGGUGUGGGUAUCACCCACGUAUGGACUGGGUCUUUCAUCAUGUCUUUUAAGUUUGGAUGGUUGGGAACCAAUUUACAAGAGAAUAAGAUCGUGGCAAGUGCCAACCAGUUAAAGAACUGGACUCCUAUCACAACCAUGGAACACCUAGGUUCCGCGCUUGCAACCCUACUGGCUCGAGACCCAGCCGAUGUUGUGGGUAAAAGCUUUUCCGCAGUUACGUUCCACCCUUCCGGCAAAGAUUUGGUGAAUGUCUUCACAGAACUUAAUGGUGGACGACGUACUACGGUGGUGGAUCAAACGCCCGAAGAUCUACAGCUACUGUUGCAAGAUAUUAAAGGCUCCGGCGCGUUCAUGGGCGUGUACAUGCGGCAUUGGGACCGAGGAGACCUCGAGUUUCCAGGAAGGAUCCCUGCCUCUGAGGGAAUAUCGUUGCGCCACGAGUUCGAAAAUCUGUAG